AUGCAGCGAUUGUCGCCCACUUUGGAAAUAAGUCAACCGGAGGAAACCGUAAUAGAAGAGACCCUUGUUGACAUCACCCCACAGCAUAAACGAAGAAGGUCCUCCACAGAGAAAAAGGUACAUAAAAGGAAAUUGAAGAAGAAAAAUGCAACUCCUACACUAGUCAUCGAUUUAAAAGACGAAAAGCUUCCCGUGAAAAACAUUCGGUCAUUGAUCUUGCAUGUUUAUACUGGACAGACUCAAAAGUGGUUUAAAAUGGAGCAUGCGGAUAAGGUAAAGGAUGUUUGCGUCUGCUUUGCACAUGGUGUUGAUCAGGAGUUGCCAUUCGUGAAAGGCUUUACCGUCAUCAAAUCAAUUUUGCCUGGUAGUAAAGAUUACCUAUAUGACCCAAUGAGUACAAUCUGCUCCCUCCCACUAAGCAAAAACGAAAAGAAAGCGAUUUUGGAGAAACUGAAACAAGAAAAGAUUACCAUCCGAGACUUGUUACUUAGUGAAAUCCAAUUGCAACAAUCGGAGUACCCUAUCGAGGGCUCGAUGACAAAACCACUGCCAAUGGGACAAUCGCGAAUCUUUGCCUUGGAUUGUGAGUUUUGCAAAGCUGCAGAUGUGCAAGUGUUGACACGAAUCUCGUUGAUUGAUUUUGAUGGCAAUGUAGUGUUUGAUGAAUUAGUGAAACCUGUGGAGGAAAUUACUGAUUACGUUACUCGAUAUUCUGGCAUAACAAAAGAAUUGCUACAAGAUGUCGAUACCUCAAUUGAACAAAUCCAACAGUUGUUUUUGGACACCGUUUUCGAAGAAGAUAUUCUCGUUGGUCAUUCUUUGGAGUCUGAUUUACGAGUUAUGAGAAUUGUUCAUCGAAACAUAGUCGACACUGCAAUCACCUACGAGCAUGCUCGGGGCCCUCCAUCAAAACCCUCAUUGAGAUGGUUAACGAAAACGUUUCUUGGUAGGGAUAUACAAGCGGGGGAGGAUAAUGGCGAGGGUCAUUCGUCGAUUGAAGAUGCUAAAGCUUGUUUAGAUUUGGUAAAGUUGAAGAUACAAGAGGGGAGGCGUUUUGGGACAAAUGUGGGUGAAAUGUCCAUUUUUGAAAGGCUCGGGGAGGUUGAGUCAUUGCUUGUUGCGUAUUCCCCAAGAGCCCCCGUGACAGUCACUAAUGACGACGAGGUGGUGAAAGCUGUGCAAUCACAUUGUGCUAACUUCAGCAUAAUAGAGCUAAAAGAUUUACAAUACAGUCGCAAAUGGGAGACCCCGACCAAUUACGAUGGGAAAUUGGACUUCGAUUUAAAAGAAGCACAAAAGAGGACAAAUUCACGUCUCGAAUCCAUUUAUCAAUCCUUGCCACAACAUACGCUAUUUAUUCUUGUUUCACAGCUGUCUGAUCCCACGACAAUGCAACAGUUGCGAAAAAUACGUGGCAAUUUCCAAAGGUUGGAACGAGAAGGAGGGCUGGUAUCUCAGUUACCCAAGGAGGAACUUUGGGACAUUGACAAAUCGGAUCAAUUGGUUGCUGAAACUGCGAAAGCGAGAGAAGCAUUAACUUUUGUAAAGAUAAAGAUGUAA